AUGACAACGACAACGACUUCGGCUUUACUUUCCGACAAUGCCAAUAGAAUCUUUUCAACAUUAAUACCUGGACCCAAUCGAGCCCCAAGUCAUCAGUUGUACAACGCAAUCGGCGUCAAAUCAUAUGGAACCAUCACUUUUCCCGAUAACAAGUCUAAUCAUGCUGAGUUUAUUCGUAUACCACCAGAUGCAUCAGUUUCACACGUCAAAGAAUUACUUAAUAAGCAAUGGUGUCAUGGACGUCCGUCACUGGUAAUUUCUGUGACGGGUGGUGCAAAAGAGUACAAUAUGAAACCAAAGCUAUUACGAGCAUUUCGACGAGGUCUCCUCAAAGUCGCUCGAACAACUGGUGCAUGGAUUAUUACUGGCGGCAUGAAUACAGGUAUCAUGAAACUUGUCGGUGAGAUUGUUCAAAUAAAUCCUGAUCGUUCUCGACCAAUUCAUCUAAUUGGUAUUGCUACAUGGGGUUGUGUAUCUGGUUGUCAACAGCUUGAUGUACGUGGUUCGAAAGUUCCCUAUUUAAAACCUCGUAGUGAACAGAAAGGGGAAGCACCACUGGAAUCAAAUCAUACUGAGUUUAUUUUUGUCGAUGAUGGGACUGAACGAAAAUAUGGUCGAGAAAUUUCAUUUCGUGCUAAACUUGAACAAGCAAUAUCCGGUGGAUUCUUUGCAUCGAAAUCUACAUCGGCAACUAGUCAAACUAAUGCUAUCACUACCAGUUUAACAGGUCCUACAUCGAUGAGACAAGAACAAUCGGAUCCAGUACCAGUCGUUCUUCUCGUGGUGGAAGGAGGUCCAAAUACUGUUCGAACAGUUCACGAAGCUGUUGUUCAAAAUAAUAUACCAGCAGUUUUUCUCGAAGGAACAGGACGUUGCUGCGAUUUGUUUUCAAAAGCUUAUUUGCUGUACAAUGAAAAUCGUCAAAAACUAGACCUCACUGACGAAGCAAUUGCCAAUACCGAUCCUGCUAUUAUCGCAAAGCGUUUCGAUGAAUUAAAAAAUAAACUUCGAGACGAACUCAAAGAAGAACUUCAGGCCAUUAGUGGCGCAGCUGAUCCGUUGACGAGUACAACUAAUAAAACGCCGAAGAAGAGUGCGACGGCAACCCCGGAUAAGAGUGCUCGCGUUGUCGACACAACUGACUAUUUCGAAUUAGUUUACGAAUGCAUUCGUACACGACAACGAUUUCUAAAUAUAAUUAGUCUAAAUUCACGUAAUCCAGUCGAACCAGAUAUCGAUUUAGUUAUUCUACAAGCAUUACUAAGCGCUACAUCGGGUAGUGAUACGAGUAAAACAAGUAUGCAACGAAAGCGCGAACAACUCCAUCUGGCAUUAGAAUGGAAUCGUGUUGAUAUCGCAAAAAAUUGUAUUAUGAAAAACGAUCGAGACUGGGAGAAAAUAGACUUGCGUGAUUUAUUCAAACGAGCAUUGAACAAUGAUCAAGUUGCAUUUGUCAAAUUAUUUCUCGAUCAUGAUUUUUCUCUAACUGAUUUCUUCCGAGACCAAGAGGAAUUCGUUACAUUAUACAAAAUCGAUCAAUGCGAUGUCGACACGUUUUCAAGUAUUACUACCGAUCCACUACGAAGAAUUUACAAGAAAAAAAUUCAACCAUGGAUCGGAGACUUCUUCGAUGUCAACGCGGUAUUUCCUUCCAGUGAUACAUCUUCCAGCCAUGAAGCUAUCAAUGACAAUGGAAAUAAGUCAUGCUUCUGUUGUGAAUCACGACGCCAUCGGACAAAUGCAAGUAUUGAUCGUGAUGGAAGUAUUCAUUCAGAAGGUAAAUUCGAAAUGAUGAAAUGA